CACACCGGCAGAGGCUGCAUGCGAGCGACCGGAAGUCGCAAACCCAGAGAGUCACGUCCGGAUCUCGUUAUCAGCGAGAACUUUGGAGACCGCCGCCAGUCAGCUGAUCGCCGCCAACUGAGCGCGCCGGGUUUAUUGUUUUCUUUGGGCGUCAUGGACUACGAUUCCAGUGAAGAAGAAGAGAUCGUCACUGUGCUGAUGUGCUCAGCCAUCGUGUCAGCGCUGGCAGAGCGGAAGCCUUCAAAGAAGAAGAGGCGGUGGUGGGUGCGACCGUCCCUUCGCUCGCGAGAGGUUGCUGGCCACGCAAGCCGCCUGCUUCCCGACCUGCGCUCGCACGACGAAGAAUAUUUCCGAGACUUCCUGCGAAUGCCGCCAAGAACUUUUGACACAUUGCUAGAGCUGCUGCGUCCCGCCAUCUCGAAGCAAGACACUAACUACCGGCCUGCAAUUUCGGCGCACGAUCGCCUGGCCAUGACCAUUAGGUUUCUGGCCACAGGCGAGACGCAGAGGGACGUGGCCUUUAACUUUCUUGCAGGAAGGUCCACAGUCAGCUCUGUAGUGGCGGAGGUUACUCAGGCCCUUUGGCUUGUACUCGAGCCACUGUACCUCCAGCACCCUUCAACGGCAGAUGAGUGGAUGAAGAUAUCACAGGGGUUUCACGAGAGGUGGAAUGUCCCUCACUGCCUUGGAGCGAUUGACGGAAAGCACGUGACCAUAGAGUGCCCUGCUAACUCCGGGUCCGUGGACUUCAAUUACAAACGGUCCUUCAGCAAGUCGCUGCUUGCUGUGUGUGAUGCCCAAUACAGGUUCAUAUACGUGGAAGUUGGGCACCCUGGAAGCGAGAGUGAUGGCGGGAUUUUCUCUCGCUCCACUCUUCAAAAGAAUGUUUUGCUGGGGGCACUGGGCUUGCCGCCAAUGAGUCCUGUUGGCAACGAGGGUCCUCUCCCAUAUUUCUUCGUUGGUGAUGAGGCCUUCCCGCUGAAGGAGUACAUGAUGCGGCCCUACCCAAGACGGACACUCCAUGACGACGACAGCAAGGCCCACGAGCGCCGCGUCUUCAAUUACAGAAUGACCAGGGCACGCCGCGUCAUUGAGGAUACCUUUGGUAUCCUGGCACAAAGGUGGAGGAUGCUGCGACGACCCAUUAAGGCGAAAGAAGGCAACAUAAAGGCAUACAUUGGAGCGUGCAUAGUGUUGCACAACUUUCUUCUUAAAGAGUCCGCAGCCGCCUCCGCCGCCUAUUGCCCGCCUGGUGCCACAGACAGCGAGGACUGGGAAGGCCGCCUUUCACCUGGAAGUUGGAGGGACGAGGAAGCAGUCGGUGGAGCGCUCUUGCCACCGAGACCUACCGGCUGCAAUGCUGCGAGGUAUGCGAAGCAAGUGCGAGACAAACUGGCGCACCACUUCGUCACAGACGGUCAAGUUCCCUGGCAAGACAAAGUGGUGAACAGCGCUUGAAGUAUACAAGUUCAAGGGGUCCACAACGGUUUCCUCAGUCGUGUCCUCGGAGGUUUCGGGGUCCACUGCAUGACUUGGCCCUGGCGCUGAACUGCAGUGAUGACAACUCUUUUCCAUGUAUUUGACAACGCUAGUGGUACAUGCACUGUUAGCAUUCUUUGCAUCAGGUGUGUGUUACGUGCAGCUGCAAACACGAGUGCACUCAAGGGGUUAUUACCAUUACACCAAGUCUUUUGCAUUACUUCUUUUGAUAACAUGACUGUAUGAAUGAUGUGCAGAAGCACAAGUUCGAUGUUUUUAUUAUGUUGGUCAUCAUACACUAUGUAUGGACUUAAAUGUGAACAUCUGCAACAGAGAUCUCACUGGCUGCAUGCAUCAAAUUUAUGCAGUCAUUCUGAAAUGGCUGUAUAAACGUUGGGUCUGAUCAAAAACUGUGUGUGGUGUCAGUUACGCUUCUUGAAUACAUGCUGCGUGUCUUAGUGAGCAUCAUUUCACUGGUACAGAUGCAUUAAUGCUUAAGAUUAUUUGCCUCGCUUGUAAUGCAACCAACUCUGGGCCUGCACUGGUUUAUAACUGGACACUUGUUAAGAACACAACGACGUGCAUGUGUUUCCUAUGUGUGCAGAAAAUGCAUGGUUCACUUGAGAAAACGCGUGUUGGGGCUAGUUGCUAAUGCAUAUUUUUUCUUUUUCAAAAAUAUCUAGCGUUGACCAAUAACCAGAUUCACACAAACGCAGCACCUGUCCCGUCAUGUCUUCCUGUGUACUUCUGUGCAAUGUUUAGUUCUAUAUUUCUUUUUGAAAAUGCAGUGGCUGGGGCGAGCUAACGGAUUGCAAAACACCUUUAAACCAUGCUUAUGUUUGUGAUAAUUUUACACUAUAAAACCACCACAAAAUGGAAA